GACAUUCAUUCCUCCCCCCUUCCCCGCGCCCGCAGUCUUCUCGUCUCAUCUCGCGGGAGAGAGAGAAAGGAAAAGAAAAAGGGAAAGGGAAACAGGCCCUCGAGACAGACCAAACGCAACAGGUUAAAAAAUAGUUGCGCUCAGUUUCCUCGCUCCCACCCCCCGCCGUCCGCCCCAUUUCCGCGUCUCGGCGUGCGGAAGUCAACCCCAACACACCCCGCGCCCCGGAAUCGCCGCGAAUCCGGCGGCCAUGUACGGCGACUCCGACGGAUCCAAGGACCCCGGCGCCGCGCCGCCGCCCUCCGACCAGCCCUUCCCCAACCGCGAGCUCACCCUCAGCAGCUACCUCUGCGACAAGCCCACACUCGCGUCCGCCGCCGCCGCCGAGGCCGCUGCUUCAGCGGCCGCGGCGGCGCCGGGCCCAUCCUCCCCUCCCAACCCCGACGCGGCCGCGGACGCCGCCAACGCCAAGCUCUGCGUCGAGCGCGACUUCCUCCACCUCUCCGCGCCCAAGCGCGGCGAUCCCCCCGGGGACGACUCCUCCGUGGUCGGCGGGAAGAAGCCCCGCCUCGACUCCCUGCAGCUCUCGCUCUCCCUCCAGUCCGACGGGCCCGGCCAGGGGCAGGCCCAGCAGCAGCAGCUCCCUUCGCUCCUCCCGUCGGCCCCCGCCGCCGAUGGAGAUCUCCGGGCCGCGUCGGCCGGGGCCGCCGCCGCGCCGCCCCCCAGGCGGACCUACAGCGCCACCACGGGCCGCACCCGGAGCAUCAACUCCGACGACAUGUCCUACUCCUACUCCAUGUUCUCGCACAACCCCAGCUGCUCCCUCACGCACAACUCCACCGACAUCUACGCCGCAGGGGAGGGCACCAACGGCUCCGUGCACAGCCGCUUCAAUUUCCGCCCCAUGGGGGACGGCAGCGUCGCCUUCGCCACGCCGCCGAUGAAGGAGGACGGCAGCGUCGCCUUCUUCCCCACCGAGCUCCCCGCCAAGAUGGCGGCAGCUGCGGCUGCGGCGGCGGCCAGCGCGGGCGGCAGCUUUGACGGCGGCCGCGGCGGGCAUACGUCGCGGCCCGAUAGGAUCCUGCGGGACAUCGUGUCGGACUCCGUGUCGACCAUGGCGCAUGUGCUGCAGGAGUUCCCCAGCGAGUCUCUGGAGGUGCUGCGGGCGGCGGUGCGGAGCAUGGUCGAUGCUCCCGAGAAGAGGGACGAGCUGGCCAGCCUGCAGCGGAGGCUGGAGCGCCGGUCGGACCUGACGGCCGAGGCACUGGCGCGGGCCAACAGGACGCAGUUGGAGAUCCUGGUGGCCAUCAAGACCGGCUCGCCCGCGUUUGUCACCGGCAAGGGCCGCGUACCAAGCAGCGAGCUCGUGGAGAUGUUCCUCAUGACACGGUGCCGCAACCUCAACUGCAAGAGCAUGCUGCCUGUGGACGAUUGCGAGUGUAAGAUUUGCUCCAGCAACAAAGGCUUCUGUGGAGCAUGUAUGUGCCCGGUGUGCCACAAGUUCGACUGUGCUGCAAAUACCUGCAGCUGGGUCGGUUGUGACGUUUGCGGCCAUUGGUGCCAUGCUGCGUGCGGGCUGGAGAGGAACUUGAUCAGACCAGGCCCGACACUCAAGGGGCCGAUUGGGACGACUGAGAUGCAGUUCCAGUGUCUUGGUUGCAGCCAUUCUUCUGAGAUGUUUGGAUUUGUUAAGGAGGUGUUCAAUUGUUGCGCAGAGAACUGGAAUGCUGAGACGCUCAUGAAAGAGCUAGAUGUUGUCAGGAAGAUAUUUGCUGCUAGUGAUGAUUUUGAGGGGAAGGGGCUUCAUGCCAAGGCUGAAGAGGUCCUCAGCAUGCUUUCAAAGAAACUUAUCUCCCUGCCGGAUGCAUUGAACAACAUGCUACAAUUCUUCAAAUAUGGUGUUACCGACUGCUCUGUUACUGGCAGCAAGUCCAAAGGCAUAUUGGCAGGUCAGGCGAGCCAAUCUACAAUCCCGCUUCUAUCUCCAACCAUCAGUCCACCAAAAUCGUUCAAUUUCAAUGCCAGCACCUCCAUUCUCGACUCACAGAUUGAUGCCCUCAAGUCCAGCCCAAAGCCACUCUCUAUCGAACCCCGUUUUGGCACCAGCUCAAACCCACUCAAAAUUGAAGCCCGUUUUGGCGCCAGCUCAAAGCCGCUGUCAGUCGACUCCCGUUUCGGCGCCAGCCCGAAGCCGCUGUCGAUUGAUUCCCAUUUCAGCGCCAGCCCGAAGCCGCUCUCUAUCGAGCCCCAUUUCAGCACCACCUCAAAGGACGACGAAGCCUCCACCCUUGAGACCGUCGUGAAGUGCAAGGAAGCCGAAGCAAAACUGUUCCAGAAGCUGGCCGACGAUGCCCGGAAGGACGUGGAGAACUACCGGCAGAUGGUCCGCAACAGAAACCAGAGCCUGGAGGAGGAGUACGCGUCGAACGUGGCGAAGCUGUGCUUGCAGGAGGCGGAGGAGAAGAGGAGGAAGAAGAUGGAGGAGCUCAAGACGCUGGAGAACUCGCACUACGACUACCACAAGAUGAAGCUGCGGAUGCAGACCGAGAUCCAGGGCCUGCUCGAGCGGAUGGAGGCCACAAAGAAGAUGUGGGUGUAGAGAGGAACCCCGGUAAGAAAAAAAAAAGAUAUCACCAUCCGCCGCUCCUGAAUGCCUGGAGAUUCGUUGUUGUUGUUGUCCAUUAUUAGAAUGGAAUGGUUUCCAGACCAAAGCUGUUGUGUUCCAUCUGUAAUUUGUUCUUUUUUUCUACCACCCGUUGUUAACUGUUAUAAGCGGAGGAGGCCUAACCUUGCGCCCGGCGGAUGGAUAUAAGUUGACAGCAUUUUCAGUUCA